AUGAACACUCGCUAUCACAUACUGGUGUUUCUCUUGUCAUUGACGGGGCUUGGUUCAUCAACACAGAGCAACUCGUCUAUCCCCUCCGUCAAGUUCGAUCCAAUCUACCUCUUUUCCGGUAAGGUGACUUUGGGAAAGAACGUCACGGGCAUCCCAGCGUCACCGUAUGAAGGAGAACUAGCGGCACUCCCCAUCACAGGGGGCUACAUCGAAGGCCCUGCCAUCAACGCAACCAUCGGCUAUGGAGGACUAGCCGUGCCGAUUUUCAGCCAAAAUUUCACCCUUGACAAUCAAAGAGUGCAGCUCUACGGCAAGACUGACGAUUGCGUGCCAUUCUUUACAGAGUGUGUGAGUAUUGGGAUUCUUACCGCAAAAUGGGCUAGAUGUACGGUUGCGAUUGGGGGAAAGUAUAAGCAUGGUGCAGACACUUUUGUGUUGGCAGCUCUGACAGAUAAUGCUGAUAUCACGGAGAGCUACAUUGAGGCUUGGGGUCUGAGGAGGACGGCUGGUGACUACACUUUUGGGUAA